CAAACAGUGCUUAGUAAGUGUAGCGAUCGCAGAAGAAGGAAUCCCUGGAAAACGUGCAGUUAACCGAGUUUUGGCGAAGAGACAUUUGGAAAGUAACGUCAGGAAACAACAUCAUUAUUGUUUAGGAACAAGAACAUCGACCGCAUCACAGAGAAGCCAUGGCAGAUCACAUGAUGAUGCCUAUGACCCACGCUUCCACCGGAGGAGGCUUACAUGGCUUUCGGAUGGGCAUGAACGGACCCCCCCAGCACCCGCCUCAACCCAGCUUGAGGAGUCUUCCCAAUGGUCAAGUAAUGCACUACACCAGGGGACCACAGAACUCCAUGGAGCCCCCCAUGAGGCCAAGGCCCAGUAUGGUGGCUGUUAUGAAUGGGCAAGUCAAUGGGCAGAUGGGCGGAGGGCACCAUCAUCAAAUGGCUGCUGGGAAUAUGAUGUAUGGGGGCCAGAAUGGGCAACAGCAGCACCAUCCUCCAGCACAGCAUCACCACAUGCACCCUCAGGGACAACCCCAGCAGCAGUACAUGAACAGCGGAGGGCUUAACACACCUCAGCAACUCAUGGCCAGUAUGCAUCUCCAGAAACUCAACACCCAAUACCACGGCCACCCGCUGGGGCCGGGCAGUGGCCAUCACCUCGGAAACGGGGCGCAGUACAGAAUGGGUCCGGCCCAGCUGGCCGGCAUGCAGAUGGGCAUGGCUGGCCCGACGUUAAGCCUGAAUGUCAUGGAUACGGAUUUGAUUGACGAGGAAGUGCUGACGUCGCUGGUGCUGGAACUGGGUUUGGAUCGCGUUCAGGAGCUGCCGGAGUUGUUCCUGGGACAGAAUGAGUUUGACUUCUUCUCGGACUUUGUGUGCAAGCAGCAGCCCAGCACCGUCAGCUGUUGAACGACCACCACCCGGGGAAGGAGCUUCGUCUCGGACCCGCCCCCGAAA